UUGCUUAUCUAAUGUAGUGAUCAUAAAAUUAAAUCCUAAAAAAAGCAACAUGGCAGACUCACCAGUUGAAAGUGCUCGAGCGAAAGGAAAAACUGUUGUCAAGCCAAUUGUCUUUGGGAAUGAGUCGAAAUACUUUGGUAAAAAAAGAGAAAAUGAUGGUCACACACACACAUGGACUGUUUAUGUUAAACCCUACUUAGAAAAUGAAGACAUGUCUGCUUAUGUGAAAAAGGUUCAGUUUAAACUGCAUGAAAGUUACACUGAUGCAAUGAGGACAGUGACAAAGCCUCCGUACGAAAUAACCGAGACCGGAUGGGGAGAGUUUGAAAUAAUUAUAAAGAUUUAUUUCAUCGAUAGUGCUGAAAGACCAGUUACACUCUAUCAUCUUUUAAAGUUGUUCUCCAAUCCAUUGAUUGCAAACCAGCCUCAUGUAGGCUCGCAAGGUCAACUGGUGUCUGAGUACUACGACGAAAUCAUAUUUCAAGACCCAAGUAUAUACUUGUAUCGGCAAUUGACUUGUGGAAAAACUACUUCUAACCGCAAACAGGAAACCGAUUGGAAGGGGAAAGAAAUCAAGACUCUGUUGUCAAUUAAACAAGCUAAGAAAAGAGUGGCUGAAGAAAUCGCACAAAUGAACGAGCGAUUGAAAAAACAAAAAAAUGCUAUACAAAAAAUUAAAGAAGAAAUAAUUAAAGUUGAAAAGUGAUUUUAAAUAAUUUAUCAAUAUUUAUUAGAAUGUACAGAUUGUUUUGUAAAUAUUAAUUUUUUUUUUAUAUAUUUCUUUUUAACUUCAUAUUGGUCUACUUUUCAUCUAGCGAUUGAGUGAUCCUUGUUAUUAUUUUAAGUAAAAUUUUACAACAAUUUUCUCACAUAAGGAGUACUGACGUUUCAUUUUGUUCUUGUGUGUCAUGAAGAGCUUUUAGAUUAUGAUUUUAAGUUCAAUCAGCUUCUGUUUAUGUUUGCUUUAAACCUAUUACUUUACCAUAUACCAUGUACUAAAACGAAAAAUUCCUUUUAAGUUGUAUUGAAAGUACCAAUAUUGAGGGAUGUGUAAAACUAUAAUGUAUAAUGCUGUUUAAAUAUCCUGCACCUAGUUAGCCAUUGAAGAAAUACAUUUUUUCUUUGUAAUUUUUUUCACACCUUCUGCAGCUUGUUGUGGUAACAUCUAUUUUUUUACUUCAGAGGACAGUGCAAUGAUACUAAUAAAAACAAUACUGACCUUCCUUCUUUUGGCCAAUGUUGUAUUCACACAGAACAAUUCCACAACCGGCACUACAUCAAAAAUGAACACAACAACAACAACAAUGAAUCUAAUAACAUCAACCCCAACAGCAACAACGCGGAACAGAACAAAUUCAACAACAACAACAACAACAGCAACAAAACAGAACACAACAAAUACAACAACAACAACAACAGCAAUACAGAACACAACAAAUUCAAAUUCAAAAACAACAAUCGCAGCAGCAACAACACAGAAUACAACAAAUACAACAACAUCAACAACAACAACAA